AUGGACAGCAUACAGAGAUUUUCAAACCUGCCAACGUAUCUCCCCACGAGCUAUCGCAUCUGCAAUGCUGAUAUUUUCUUCUUCCUCAAAGAAGCCAACCAGGAUAUCAUGAGGAACUCCAGUUUGCAGUCUAGGGUGGAUUCAUUCUUUAUAUACAAAGCCAAACUGCCACCUGUCCUAAAUGCCACAUAUGGACCCUUUUCUGUUGAACAGGCUGUUCCCUUGGACCUCAUGCUGACUUCUGCAUCUUUUGGUUUCACAAAUAAAUUCACUUUUAAUUGGAAAUUAAAAUCUCACAUAAUCAACAGCUCCAUCUAUUCCAACAAACCUAAAAUACAAACCUUGUUCUAUAUUGCGGGGAAGGACUGGGAUGACUAUAAUUCUGCAGAGAGAUUGCCUUGUGUGAAGAUGUUUGCUUUCCUGGAGUCUAGAGAAGUUGUGGCCAGCUGUAGGUUAACAGGUCAUCUAGGAUUAUGUGUUGCAGAGCUGGAAUUAUCUCCUAGCUGGUUCAGCUCCCCUCCACCCCUGGUUUCAGAGGAAACAGCCUCCCUGGAAGGGAUUACUGUGGAGCUCUUCUAUAAGAUUUAUACAGCAGAUGGGGAAUGUUCUCCAGAGGAUGCAAAAUGGGAAAACAAUAUCCAUGCAGGUCAAGAUAAUGAACACAAAGCUUUGUCAGCUAUGGAGAGGAUUGGUAGCAUCAUUGUUUACCCAAAUCAAGACAAAUUAAAACAGUCUUCACUGAGGCUAGAUGAAAAUGUCGUUAUUCGCUUACCACUCAACCCGGUCAGAGAAGGGGAUGUUGUGACCUUUCAUGUUUCCCUGGCUGAUGACUCUCUAGCAGACCAGUUUGUAUUAAGAAUUAGGACAGCCCCAGGUGUGAAGAUCAUGGACAUCAGAGUCAGUGAUGCAGACCAGUGGGGGGUUCAAGAAGAGACAGACAGUGCAAGGACCGCUGCCACGAUCACAUGUGUGCACAACGACCCAAACGCAGAGAACAGAGCAAACAUGUCCUCCUACGAGAUCCUGCAGAUGGACUUCGAGAUCGACAACACUAGCAGCCUGGCAGGGGCCCAGCAAAUUACUUGGCAGGUGGAAUACCCUCGAGAUGACUCUCUGAGUGAACUGGUGGUCUCUGAGAUCUUUGUCAGCCGAACAAUGUUUGUGGGAAUUGUUCCUCUCGCAAUGGACACGGAAGUCCUUAACACGGCCAUUCUGACGGGCAAAACGGUGUCUGUUCCAGUCAAGGUAGUUGCCGUGCAGGAGGAUGGGUCCGUGGUCGAUGUUUCGGACUCCAGCGAGUGCAAAUCAGCUGAUGAAGAUGUCAUAAAG